UAAAAUUAAACAAAAAUCAUCCCGAGUCAAAUGUGUUGUGGAAUCUUCUCCUUGAUGCUUAAAAUAUAACACUGGAUUUGUCUCACUUUUUUCUUUGAUUUGCUCUACCCACAGUUAUAGUAGCAGAAUUUCGAACGUCAUUUAAGACUCGUUGUACUGUUACACCCAUACCUAGUUUGCCUAAAAAAAAUGUCAUUUAUUUCAAAUAGAUAAAGUGUUAUUACCUUGCUAGCUAAUCUUGGAUGGUAUGACCGAUGACAAAUAUAAUACGAGUAUUCCACAUUAUGUUGUCGCAAGUAUAACCAUUUUUCUGUAUGCGAUUAACCUUCCACAAAAUACAAGAUGAUACAUUCAGACAUAUUAUUUAUAAAAUAAAUCAAAAUAAGAAUUUUUAAAAUAAAAAUUUUGUGUUUAAUUAUGGCCUAACAUUUAUAAAACUUGAUAUUAUAAUAUGUACCUGUGGUAAAAGCUCUGUAUGUUUUCUUUUUAAAUGUUUAUUCAAAUUAGAUACAGUUGAAAAUGUAGUAUUACAUAGAACACAAUCUCUGGAACUCAUUUCUCUAAUAUUGUAUUGUAAUAUUAAUCAUAAAUAAUAAUAAUUAUAACUGGGAACUUAGUUGUAUUAUUAUAACACUGGUAUUGAAAAACUAGUCUGUGAAAUAAUCUCUAAAUAACUGGUUAGUUUGUAUUACAUUUUUAAACUUUUUUUUUGAACGCUUAAAUAAAUUUAAAUAAAUCACGAAAUGGAAAAAGGCGGUAUACUUCGUAAUCAGUGAUAAACUGAUAACCGUGUGAUAAAUAUGUAGUGAUAAAUGUGAUAAGCGAUUUGACGCCAUGUUGGAUUCUUUUGGGAUUUUUCCUGCGAAGAUCCAUUCGUCCCACUGAGGUAGAUACUAUAUUCUUAUCUACAUAUAUCUGUGGCGCCGAAUAAAUAUUUAUUCUUUGAUAGUAGCUGAUGAUAAUAGUAGUUAAUACGGUGAUAAAAAUCUAAACAACAGUCAACAACACGUGUUUUUAAAUAUUUAAUUUUUAAUUUUUAAUUGUUAAUUUAUAUUAUUAAUUCUCAUUAUACCCACGACUGCUUACCUAUUAUAAUGGGUAAAAAACGUAGGCGCACAGACGAGGAUACCGAAUUCGAUUUGACCAGAAAAGCGAAAGAAGUAAAGGACGACAAUGAAAAACGUCUUAUUGUUAUUUUAGAAAACGCUCAGUUGGAAACUGUUAAAGUAGGAAAGUCUUUUGAACUACUAAACCCCGAUGAACACUCACAUAUAUUACGAAAACACGGACGAGAGAUAGGAAAUUGUAGACCUGACAUUUCUCAUCAAUGUCUUUUGAUGUUGUUCGACAGCCCCUUAAAUCGUGCUGGCCUACUUCAAGUGUAUAUUCACACGGAAAAUAAUGUUCUUAUUGAAAUUAAUCCACAAACACGGAUCCCUAGAACAUUUAAGCGUUUCGCUGGACUAAUGGUUCAGUUACUACAUAAAUUUAGUGUAAGAGCAGCCGAAACAUCGGCCAAAUUAAUGAAAGUAAUAAAAAAUCCAAUCACCGAUCAUUUACCUGCAGGCUGUCGAAAAGUGGCAACUUCUUUUUCUGCUGAAAAACCUAUUAAGCCAUCCGAACUUGUUCCUCAAGAUGCUCCAAUUGCUUUUGUUGUUGGAGCAAUGGCUCAUGGACAGAUUAAAGCAGAUUAUGCCGAACAAACAGUAGCAAUAAGUAACUAUCCACUAUCAGCUGCAUUAACAUGCACUAAAAUAUGUUCAGCUUUCGAAGACAGUUGGGGUAUAUUGUAAGAUUGUACAUGUGAAUAAUAUGUUUUGUUCUUAUUAAAUUGUUUUGUAUUAAUAUGCCUAA